GCAAACAAACCAAAAAAAAGUUAGUCUUCUCAUGCUUUGUUGAUUUCAAAAAGCUCUUGACUCAAAUUUGGCAUGAGGGUCUACUGUUGCUGAUGAUCUGGUGCUUCUGCUCCCAACCAAGGAAUGUCCUUGAGCAACACCUAGAUCUUCUGCACAGAUUAUGUCAGACCUUGGCCCUGGCAAUAAAUCUCAGUAAGACAAAGAUAAUGAGGGUUCAAAAAAGGUCCGACUGCCAGGACCACAAAUACAAAUUCCAUCUAGACACAGUUGCCCCAGAGCACACAAAAAAAUAUAUUUACCUCAGCCUAAAAAUCAGCAUCACAGGUAACUUCUAAAAAGCUGUGAACGAUCUGAGAGACAAGGCAAGAAGGGCCUUCUAUGCCAUCAAAAGGAACAUGAAAUUCGACAUUAGGAUCUUGCAAAAAUUAGGAUCUGGCAAAAAAUACUUGACUCAGUUACAGAAUCCAUUGCCCUUUAUGGUUGUGAGGUCUAGGGUCCGCUCACCAACCAAGAAUUCACAAAAUGGGACAAACACCAAAUUGAGACUGCAUGCAGAAUUCUACAAAAACAUUCUCCCUGUACAACGUAAAACACCAAAUAGUGCAUGCAGAGCAGAAUUAUGUUGAUACCCUCUAACUAUCCAAAUCCAGAAAAGAGCUAUUAAAUUCUACAACCACCUAAAAGGAAGCGAUUCCCAAACCUUUCAUAACAAAGCCAUGACCUACAGAGAGAUUAACCUAGAGAAGAGUCCCCUAAGCAAGCUGGUCUUGGGGCUCUGUUCACAAACACAAACAGACCCCACAGACCCCCAUGACUGCAACAGCAACACAUUUAGAUCCAACCAAAUCAUGAGAAAACAAAAAUAUUAUUAUUUGACACAUUGGAAGGAAUUUACAAAUAAACAGAUCAAACUAGAAAGCUAUUUGGCCCUAAAUAGAGAGUACACAAGUGGCAGAAUAUCUGACCACUGUGACUGACCCAAAAUUAAGGAAAGCUUUGACCAUGUACAUACUCAGUGAGCAUUGCCUUGCUAUUGAGAGAGGCCACCGUAGGCAGACAAGACUCUCAAGAGAAGACAGGCUAUGUGCACACAAAAUUAGGUGGAAACUUAGCUGCACUUCCUAACCUCCUGCAAAAUGCAUGACCAUAUUAGAGACACAUAUUUCCCUCAGAUUACACAGAUCCACAAAGAAUUUGAAAACAUAUCCAAUUUUGAUAAACUCCCAAAUUUAUUGGGUGAUAUACCACAGUUUGCCAUCACAGCAGCAAGAUGUGUGACCUGUUGCCACUUGAAAAGGGCAACCAGUGAAGAAAAAACACCAUUGUAAAUACAACCCAUAUUUACAGUAUGUUUAUUUAUUUUCCCUUUUGUACAUCGUUUGUACAUCGUUAUAACACUGUGCAUGGCCAUAAUAUGACAUUCGAAAUGUCUCUAUUCUUCUGAAACUUUGGUGAGUGUAAUGUUUACUGUUAAUUUUUAAUUGUUUAUUUCACUUUUGUUUUAUCUACUGUAUUUCACUUGCUUUGGCAAUGUAAACAUGUGUUUUCCCAUGCCAAUAAUGCCCUUUGAAUUGAAUUGAAUUAUAUGGUGUGAUUAGAAUCACUCAUAUUUCAGUAAUGAACAUUUGAUAUAUGAGACGUUAGAAGCUGUGCACACAAUAUGUGCAAAGCAGCAUUCGUAGUUCAAUUGCUAUGUGCUGCUAAAUUAGAAGGCAGCAAUCCCUCCCCUUCUGGUUGCCAUGUGACAGAGAUAAGUCACAUCACCAAGGCUCUGUAUACAGGAAAUGGAGACCAGCAAGAGAAAUAGAGAGAAAGUAGUUGCAGUGACGAAUUUGCCCUAAUAAAAUGGGUUUACUGACUGCAAAAGUGAAACAUUGAGCAGAGAUGAAGCUGUUGCCAAUUCUUUUCCUGCUGGAAUUUAACCUCAGCUACCUCUGCUUUGGACAAUGGUUUGAUGAGGACCCCACCCAUGGGAUGGAUGUCUUGGGAGCGUUUUUGCUGUAAUAUCGAUUGUGAGAAUGAUCCCAAGAACUACAUCAGAUUCCCUGGGGGCAUUGCCAAGCUGGCGAGGUACCUCCAUGACUGCGGCCUGAAGCUGGUCAUCUAUGGGGACCUGGGCACACACACACCUGUGGAGGGUACCCUGGCACCACGCUGGACAAGAUUGAGACUGAUGCCCAGACGUCCGCUAGUUGGGGUGUGGACUUCCGGAAGUUGGAUGGCUGCUACUCCAAUGAAGAGGAGCAACAGAAGGGUGAAUUACACUCUGCUGGGGGAGAUCUGUAACCUGUGGCGUAACUAUGAUGACACUCAGGACUCGUGGGACAGUGUGCAAGACAUUACAGACGGGUUCUUUGACAACCAGGGGAUACUGCAGCCUGAAGCCGGCCCUGGACGCUGGAACGAUCCUGACAUGCUGAUCAUAGGAAACGUUGGCCUCAGUGUGGACCAAUCACGCACUCAGAUGGCUCUUUGGGCGAUCAUGGCUGCACCUCUCAUUAUGUCUAACAACCUUCGGACCCUAAGCAGUGAGGCCAGGGCCAUCCUGCAAAACAGAGCUGCCAUCGCCAUCAACCAGGAUCCUAUGGGCGUCCAGGGAAGACGCUUGCUACAGGAGACAGGCAAGUGGGAGAACAGUAGGAAGGGGACUGAACCCUGGUCACCGAUUGGUAGUAGAGUAUGUGACUGGCUGGGAGCAUUAUCACUAGACCACGGUCUCUGCACGAAAUUCACUGUUUUACUCUCCUUUUCUUUGUCUUUAUGUCACUCUCUUUUUUACAGGAGAGGAGGUCAUGUUGAAGUGUACUGGCGGCCCCUCUCCCAGUCGGCUAGUGCUCUGGUGUCCCUCAGCCGUCGCCAAGACAUGGCCUAUCACUGCCACACCUCCCUGGCCAAGUUAAACUACACAGCAGGCAGCUACGAGGCUUAUGACGUGUUCACUGGGAAAACAUUGAGCGGACUGUCUGCCAGCACAGAGUUCACCGUCUCCAUCAACCCCUCAGGAGUCGUAAUGUGGUACGUCUAUCCCAAAAUGCACUACGAGCAUCCACAGGAUGAUGGUAGAUACCCCUACAUCCGACAGAAAUACAGGAUGUCCUUCUCGUUCGACUUCCAUAAGCCGAGAGUUGUGCCUCCUAGUCUGCUCUGAGGAGACAUGAAGUAAGCACGCAGGAACUCCAUCAAUCCAGAUCCAAUCAAAGAUAUUUGAGUCAGGAAGAAUAUAGAUUUUGUUUGCACCUUUGUAUUUUACCCAUAUGUAAUCUCGGCAACCCAGAACUGAAAUCUUGCGCCAGCUACUCGAUUAAGUUCUUGGGGUAGACGAAAGAGAAAUCAUACUAGAAGCAGUGGCGGAAACAGGUCGGCAGCUUCAUCACCGUCUCUGUCUGCAACAAUUAAUGUUAUGUGCGUCUGCCCAUGAGGAGAUUAAACCAUGUGUAAUAUUUCAAAAUGUAUAAUUUAUUUGUAUUUUGUUGUGUGACCUCUAUUCUAACAGGAAGGAGCGGUUCAUAUCUUGCCUAUGUAUAAUAAAAGGAGGGUGUAAUGAGGUGCAGAAUUGAGACUGCAUAGAGUAAGAUGAUGAACUUAACAUGCAACAAGACUUUCAGUCAUGCAAUAGUGUACAAGGUUCGGAGCUGUGUCAAGAGGAAUUGUGUCCAUAGCAGUCAAUCCCCCUUUCCACCACUGAGGGGCAGUGUAGACAGAGUUUCACAACAACCAUUAGUGGGUUCCCUUUACCCUUGAAACACCAGCAUGGCUAUAUCACAGUAGAUUAGGUUGCACAAGGAAAUUAGAUGUUGUGCUCCAGAAUAGGCCAAGCAUGUUUAUUUGGUGAUGGGAUAAACAGCUGGUGAUGCCGGUCUGGUAGGGCUUGUGGAUAAGCGAUACAGUCUUGUUGGUACAGUGCCUUGCAAAAGUAUUCAAACCCCUUGGUUUUUCCUAUUUCGUUUCAUUACAACAUGUCAUUUAAAUGGAUUUUAAUUUGGAUUUCAUGUAAUGGACAAAUAAGUCCAAAUUAGUGAAGUGAAAUGAAAAAAAUUACUUGUUUAAAAAAAAAAAGGAAAAGGUGCAUAUGUAUUCACCCCCUUUACACCUAAAUAAGAUCUGGUGCAAGCAAAUACCUUCAGAAGUCACAUAAUUAGUUAAAUAAAAUCCACAUGUUUGCACUCUA